GAGCUGCCAGUCGCCGACUGAAAUAGCGAGUCACGCGGCCUAUUUUUACCUCAAAAUUUUCUACUGUCUGCCGUUGUGGUCGAGAAUCUUGCGUGCUUCGACGACGAGAAUGGGUCAUAUGGAAGAUAAGGUGGACGGCGCUUGGCUUAUCGCCUUGAUUACCCUCCUGGACGCAUUUAAUUCAUGCUGGUUCGGAUAUGACCAAGGCGUUUUCGCUGGAGUCUUGGUCUCUCCAGACUUCCUAAGACAAUUCCCAGAAACACUCGAUGCAGAUGUCUCUGGGAUCACCUCGAGCUGUUUCUUCCUGGGAGCAUUCUUUGGAGCCAUCGGAGCUUUUGUGCUAGGGGAUAGGCUCGGCCGCCGCAGGACGAUCGCCCUGGGAGUGCUUUGCAAUGUGGUGGGCUCGGUAUUACAAGCUCUCUCAUGGUAUCUACCGCAAAUGAUUGUUGGUCGUUUGAUCAACGGAUUUGGGAUCGGACUCGUGUCCUCCAUGUCUCCGGUAUAUUUAUCGGAGUGCGCACCGUCCCACAUACGCGGCAUGCUUCUGGCAGUGGGGGCUUGCUGUAACGUGGCUUGUUUCUGCGUUGCGAACUGGAUUGCUUUUGGCCUAUAUCACGACGACUCGGCAUUCCAAUGGCGGUUCCCCCUUGCUUUUCAGCUAAUAUUUCUCCUCAUAGUCGCUCCGGUACUCUACUUCGUUCCCGAGUCUCCUCGCUGGCUACUUCUUGUUGACCGCGACGAAGAAGCCCUGCAUGUGUUAUCCAGACUGGCAGGUCACAGCAAGAAUAUCGGAGAUUCAGCGAUUACCUCUGAGUUCCAAUCUAUAAAGGCUGCUAUUAUUAUGGAGAGAGAUGACAGAGUUCCAUUGAGCGAUGUGUUGUGCCACAGAGACAAGUCUCAAAACUUCCGCCGUUUGAUUCUUGGUUGCGGUACACAGUUCAUGCAACAGUUUAGGCAAGCGCAUUUUUGGAACAUUCCAACGGAAUUAACGCACUGGCAUAUUGUAGGGUUCUAUCUCCCAACGUUGCUGCAGGGAGAUGUUGGAUACGAUCAGCAGAUGAGCCGACUUAUCACCGCAAUAAGCAGCACUGUAUACGUUUUCUGCAGCUUUGUAUGCCUGUUGAUGAUUGAUCGGUUCGGACGCCGGAAGUAA